AUGGCGGACCCUAACAAUGUGGCGCAAUACAAAUACUCGGCGAUGAGCAACCUGGUGCUCCAGGCCGAUCGCCGAUUCAUCACACGCCCAGGAGACGAUGCGACUGGCGACCCAGAGUCUCUUGCCGGAAGGAUAAAUAUACGAGAUAUGGGAGCGCGAGUCGCCCAUGACGAAGCACCUAAGGCCAAGAAAGGGACAGUUCCGCAGGUCGACAUCGAGAGAGGUAGCAUUCGUGAAGGUGCCGACGUACUGGAUCGCGAGCAGCGAAAGCGCAAACGCGGGGAACAAGAUCAACUUCGCGGAGCUGGUAUUCUAUCGGCUGCGGACAUGCUGAUCGAAGGCUUGAAAUAUCGCCCCAGAACUCCAGCUACAAGGGCGACAUACGAUUUGAUUCUUACGCUAACCGCAAACCAUCUUGGUGAUGUUCCUCAUGAAGUUGUCCGAAGCGCAGCAGACGCUAUCCUCGAGACUCUCAAAGACGAGAAUAUGAAGGACUUCGAUAAGAAAAAAGAGAUUGACGACCUACUUGGUUCGACCAUGAAUCCGAAGGAAUUCAAUGAGUUAGUCAACCUCGGCAAGAAAAUCACAGACUACCACGCACAGGACGAGGACGAAAACAUGGAAGACGGACUGGACGGCGCAAAUGAGGCGGAGCUUGACGAACGACAAGGUGUCGCAGUUAUGUUUGACGAGUCUGAUGAAGAUGAAGACGGACUCCGUGGAAUGGACGAAAUUCGUGACGAGGACGAGUCUGAUGACGAGGCUUCAGACAUCGAAGGUCGAGCAGAGGCCGAAGAAGUCGCCCAAGGAGAUCUUGAUGGAGACGAAGAGAUGAUUCUAGAUGGCGGUGGAAUGGCUGAUGCUAAAACUUCGGCUGCGCAGAAGGAAAUCAUACCUGCCCGUGAAAUCGAUGCUUAUUGGUUGCAACGUCAGAUUAGUACCAUUUUUCCCGACGAACACGAAGCAACUGCAUCUGCUCGCUCCGCCUUGGAAAUUCUCAGUGGUAAAGAUGCCGACGGAAAUGAACGUCAACUUCGUGACAUUGAGAAUGAUUUGAUGGAACUGUUCGAUUACGAGCAUCCUGAACUAGUAGCGACGUUUGUCAGGAACAAGGACAGAAUUGUCUGGGUCACAAAAUGGAGACGACUUGCAGAAAAUGACGAUGCACGUCUUCUGGUUGAAAAUGAGAUGGUCGAAGCUGGCCAUCGUGACAUUUUGGAUGAGAUUCAUGGACGGACAGCCGCCGGGGAGGAAGGUCGGCGACCAGGAAAGAAGAUCAAAAUGGACCUGAUGGAUGUUGAUGUUCCAGCUCACGCCGGUGAGGUCAAAGCCGAGGAAGGCAAACCUCCAUUGAGCAGUCUCCUCCCCACACGCCUAGUCAAUCUUGAAUCUCUGAAGUUCGACCAAGGAAACCAUCUUAUGACAAACCCCAAUGUAAGGUUGCCACAAGGAUCAACUAAACGGACGUUUAAGGGCUAUGAAGAGAUUCAUGUGCCCCCGCCAAAGCCGAAGCGUGACCCCGGAGAAAAGAAUAUACCUACAACUGAGUUACCUGACUGGGCUCGUGUUGGCUUCGGAUCAUCCAAAGAACUUAACCGGAUACAGACUAAAUGUUAUCCCACGGCCUUCCACGAUGACGGCAAUAUGCUUGUUUGCGCUCCAACAGGUUCUGGAAAGACUAACGUCGCCAUGCUCACAAUGCUCCGUGAAAUUGGAAAGAACCGAAACCCAAAUACUGGAGAAAUCAUGCUCGAUGAUUUCAAAAUCGUCUACAUUGCCCCUCUCAAAGCUUUGGUUCAAGAACAAGUUGGAAAUUUUGGCAAGCGUCUGCAGCCAUACGGUAUCCGGGUUAGUGAACUUACUGGUGAUCGUCAACUCACCAAGCAGCAAAUUGCCGAUACUCAAAUCAUAGUCACCACCCCAGAAAAGUGGGAUGUUAUCACUCGCAAGGCGACGGAUUCCAGCUAUACCAAACUUGUGCGCCUUCUCAUUAUUGAUGAGAUCCAUCUGCUUCAUGACGAUCGAGGCCCGGUCUUGGAAGCCAUUGUUAGUCGAACACUUCGUCAGAAUGAGACAUCCGACGAGCCAACCAGAAUUGUCGGACUUUCGGCUACCCUUCCAAACUACCGCGAUGUGGCUAGUUUCUUGCGUGUUGACCCGACCAAAGGUCUUUUCCAUUUCGACGGUUCAUAUCGUCCUUGCCCAUUGCGUCAAGAAUUCAUUGGCGUUACUGAUAAGAAGGCGAUUAAACAGCUCAAGACCAUGAACGAUGUCUGCUAUAACAAAGUCUUGGAAAACACUGCCAAAGGUCAUCAAAUGCUUAUUUUUGUUCAUUCACGAAAAGAGACCGCCAAAACAGCCAGAUAUAUUCGGGACAAAGCUGUGGAGAUGGAGACAAUCGGUCAAAUCCUGCGAAGUGAUGCGGCUAGUAGAGCAAUCCUAGCAGAAGAAGCCGAGAAUGUGGACGAUGCCGCCCUCAAAGACAUUAUGCCGUAUGGUUUCGGUAUCCAUCAUGCUGGUCUAUCGUUAGAAGACAGAGACUCGGUGGCCAGUUUGUUCGCUGAUGGGAGUAUUCAGGUCCUUGUUUGUACAGCAACUCUAGCCUGGGGUGUUAACUUGCCUGCUCAUACUGUCUUGAUCAAAGGCACGCAGGUGUACUCACCUGAACAUGGUGCCUUCGUACAGUUGAGUCCCCAGGAUACUCUGCAGAUGCUUGGCAGAGCAGGACGUCCACAAUUCGAUACCGAGGGUCUAGGAACAAUCAUAACGACUCAGAAUGAGCUUCAGUUCUACCUCUCGCUGCUGAACCAGCAACUGCCCAUUGAGAGUCAGUUGAUUAGUAAACUGGCAGACAAUUUGAAUGCCGAAAUUGUUCUAGGAAAUGUUCGCGACCGUACCGAGGGUGUCCAGUGGCUGGGUUAUACCUAUCUCUAUGUUCGAAUGCUUCGGUCACCUGGGUUAUAUAGUGUUGGUGCUGAUUACGCAGAAGAUGAGGCAUUGGAACAGAAACGCGUGGAUCUUAUCCAUUCUGCUGCCACUGUGCUCGAAAAAGCCGGCCUUGUUAGGUAUGAUAAAAAGACUGGAAAACUCCAGUCCACAGAGCUUGGUCGUAUCGCUUCCCACUACUACAUCAGCCACAGUUCUAUGCAAACCUACAAUCUACAUCUUCAGCCAGGUAUCAGCACCGUUGAGUUGUUCCGAGUAUUCUCUCUCAGCGAGGAAUUCAAAUACAUUCCGGUCCGACAGGAUGAGAAAUUGGAACUUGCCAAGCUGCUCGGCCGUGUGCCCGUUCCUGUUAAAGAAGGAAUUGAAGAACCUCAUGCAAAGAUUAAUGUCCUCCUUCAAGCGUAUAUUUCCCGACUCAAACUCGAAGGUCUUGCUUUGAUGGCAGAUUUGGUCUACGUCAACCAGUCUGCAGGUCGAAUCCUCCGUGCAAUCUUUGAGAUCUGCUUGAAAAAGGGCUGGUCAUCCGUUGCAAAGGUUGCUCUGAAUCUUUGUAAAAUGGCAGAGAAGCGCAUGUGGCCGACAAUGACACCAUUACGACAAUUCCCGACAUGCCCUCGAGACAUCAUGCAAAAAGCCGAGAGAAUCGAUGCCCCUUGGUCAAGUUAUUUCGAUCUCGACCCUCCACGAAUGGGUGAGCUUCUUGGUAUGCCCAAAGCUGGUCGUAUCGUCUGUGAUCUGGUCUCAAAAUUCCCGCGAUUGGAGGUUCAAGCACAAGUCCAACCGAUGACUCGAUCUCUUCUUCGCGUCGAGUUGACCAUCACCCCCAACUUUGUCUGGGACGAUGCUCUACACGGCACCGCAGAGAGUUUCUGGGUCAUUAUCGAAGAUUGCGACGGCGAGGAGAUCCUUUUCCACGAUCUGUUCAUCCUACGUAAAGAGUUUGCUCAGGGUGAAGUCACUGAUCAUAUAAUGGAGUUUACUGUUCCUAUUUCUGAUCCGAUACCGCCUCAUUACUUCUUGCACAUCGUCUCCGAUCGUUGGAUGCACUCCGAUACCAAGGUUGCUAUAUCCUUCCAGAAGUUGAUCCUUCCCGAGCGCUUCCCGCCUCAUACACCAUUAUUGGACAUCCAGCGAGUUCCAGUGCAGGCUUUGAAACGUGAUGACUUCAAAAGCCUUUACCCCAACUGGCAGACGUUUAAUCGUAUUCAAAGCCAAGCUUUCAAGAGCUUGUUUGAAUCAGAUGAAGCUGUUUUCCUUGCUGCCCCUGCAGGAAGUGGCAAGACCGUGUGCGCCGAGCUAGCCCUCCUCCGUCAUUGGUCGCAAUCAGAUAAGGGACGAGCAGUCUACAUCGCCCCUUUCCAAGAGUUGAUCGAUUCGCGAUACAAUGACUGGUCGAAACGGCUUAGCUCGAUUGCAGGAGGAAAGACAAUCGUGAAACUUACUGGCGAGACAACUGCGGAUCUGAAGCUCUUGGACUCAGCAGACCUAGUUCUUGCAACACCAGUUCAAUGGGAUGUGCUAUCACGACAAUGGCAAAGACGAAAGAAUGUCCAAACGGUGGGCUUGUUCAUCGCAGAUGAGCUGCAUAUGAUUGGAGGUUAUCUCGGGUACACUUAUGAGAUCAUCGUCAGCCGAAUGCAAUUCAUCAAAUUACAGAUUGAGAGUGAUAUGCGAAUUAUUGGCUUGAGUGUGCCUCUCUCAAACGCUCGUGAUAUUGGCGAGUGGAUUGGAGCAAGUCGCCACUCGAUUUUGAACUUCAGUCCGGCCGCUCGACCUGUCCCGCUCGACUUGCAUAUUCAAUCUUAUAACAUACCGCAUUUCCCCUCUCUCAUGAUGGCUAUGGCCAAGCCUGUAUAUCACGCCAUUGCCAACCAGUUAUCUCCUGACAAGCCAGCCUUGGUCUUCGUGCCCAGCAGAAAGCAGGUUCGAUCAACAGCCGUGGACAUUUUGGCGGCUUGUGCUGCUGAUGAUAAUGAAGACCGCUUCUUGCAUGCUGAUGUAGAGCAAAUUGCUCCUCUUUUGGAAAGAAUACACGAAAGGACGUUGGCUGAGUCUAUCUCGCAUGGAGUUGGCUAUUACCACGAAGCGUUGAGUACCAGUGAUAAGCGGAUCGUGUCUCACUUGUUUACCAUUGGUGCAAUUCAAGUUAUGUUGGCUUCUCGUGAUGUUUGCUGGGAGAUCGAUUUCACCGCUCAUCUAGUCAUCGUUAUGGGAACACAGUUCUUCGAGGGUAGAGAGCACCGUUACAUUGACUACCCUAUCAGUGAAAUCCUUCAGAUGUUCGGUAAAGCCUCGCGACCCGGUCAGGAUAAGAUCGGACGUGGCUUGCUGAUGGUGUCUGAAACCAAACGACCAUAUUACAGGAGGUUCUUGGCGGAAGCACUACCACUGGAGUCUGGGCUUUCUUCGGCACUUCAUGAUGCCUUUGUCACCGAGAUUAGCACUCAAACAAUCAGUUCGACUCAGGAUGCGGUGGAUUGGAUGACAUAUACAUACUUCUACCGCCGCCUCCUUGCCAAUCCCAGUUUCUAUGGUCUCACGGAUGUCAGCCAUGAGGGAUUGAGUACAUAUUUGUCUGAACUGGUUGAGAGCACGUUGAAGGAGUUGGCGGAAGCAAAGAUCAUUGAACUCGAUGAGGAAGAUGAUAGCAUUGCCCCUAUGAACGCAGCUAUGAUUGCUGCGUACUACAACAUUUCGUUCAUCACCAUGCAGACGUUCCUUUUGUCUUUGUCGGCUCGUACGAAGCUGAAGGGUAUCCUGGAAAUUAUCACUUCAGCCACCGAGUUUGAAUCUAUUCAAAUGCGCCGACACGAGGAUCACAUCCUAAGACGCGUGUACGACCGUGUUCCUGUCAAGAUGGCAGAGCCCGCUUAUGACUCCCCCCACUUUAAAGCAUUCGUUCUCCUUCAAGCUCACUUCUCUCGGAUGCAAUUGCCCAUUGAUCUUGCAAAGGACCAAGAAGUCAUCGUUGGCAAGGUUCUUAAUCUUCUUAGUGCCUGUGUUGAUGUCUUGUCAUCUGAAGGACAUUUGAAUGCUAUGAACGCUAUGGAGAUGUCACAGAUGACUGUUCAAGCUAUGUGGGAUCGUGAUAGUCCCUUGAAACAGAUUCCUCACUUCACAACGGAGGUUAUCCAGGUGGCUAACGAAUUCAACAUCAAUGACAUUUUCGAGUUCAUGGAGGCCAUGGAUCCCUCCGAGAACAAAGACUAUGCUACAUUCGUCAAGCGCCUUGGUUUGGACACUAAACAAUUGUCUCAAGCUGCCAACUUUACAAACGACAAGUAUCCAAAUGUGGAGAUGGACUUUGAGGUUGAAGAUCCUGACAGUAUUACGGCGGGCGAUCCAGCUUACCUCAAGAUUAAGGUGGAGCGGGAUAUCGAGGACGAGGAACCCGACACCACAGUUCACGCACCGUACUACCCUGGCAAGAAGAUGGAGAAUUGGUGGCUGGUGGUCGGUGAGGAGAAGACCAAGAGCCUUCUUGCUAUUAAGCGUGUCACAAUUGGUCGACGAUUGGAGACACGUCUUGAAUAUAUUGUGCCAACUGCUGGUGAGCAUGAGUUGACCUUGUAUCUCAUGAGCGACAGCUAUGUCGGCGUUGACCAGGCGCCUACCUUCAGUGUCACUGCAGCUGAAGGCAUGGACGAGGACGAGAGUGAAGAGGAAGAAGAGGAGUCAUGA